CUAGUCCGCUAUCCGACUUGCCGCGUUUAAAACGAGACAUAAGUAUAUUUGGACGGCCAUUUCCGUUACUUCAUUCUGCAAAGACGCUUUACAGUGACCUAACAAUCAAAGUGAUUGAACUCCCUUCCGGAAUACAUGCCGUUCCUGUGUUCUGUGCAUUUUGUCUUUCGAGUUAAGAUUUAACUCGUAACGUAUUAAGUGUGUGGGCAACAGUACAAUGGGUAACUCCUUGCGGACGUAUCUUACGAGGAUUUCGGCGAAGAACGCGGUUGUGUAAAUAGUACGUAGUGAUGUCUGCGCACGCGCAGUGCGUAUUCGCAGCCAGAUGAGCGCGGGAUCGCCGCGGAAAGGCACUGUAGGGGAUUGUAGAGAGAGCCAGAGUAUUGUAUAGUGUGGGUGAGAGAAAGAUAGAGAGUGUGAACGAGCAAGCGAGAGAGAGAGGGAAAACUGACUGCGGGUGCUAGGCUAGUCGUCGGUGCCCGUUUGAUGGUACUCGGGUUAGUUUCAUCUGACGAGGAUCAACGACGGCGACCACACAAGCUGUGCGAUGGACAGCGCGAACGUGAAUGGCGGGAACGCCGAAGUAUCGCGCGAGGAUUCUAACCUCAACGAAAGCAUCGUUGGUGGCAGCGGCGACAGCGUCAUCCUACCUGGCGACACACCGAUGAUGCCGGUCGAGACGCAGCACUCACCCGGCAAGGUAUCACCGACCGAAAGCGCCAACACCGAACCGCAGGAGGUCAACGGCGAUUUUAAGAGCUCCUGCAAGAAACGUCCCACCACACCGUCCUCGCGCAAGAAGCAGCUAAAGUUCAAGGCCAAUUCCGCCAGCACCGUCGAGAGCGACGCAGAAAUGGUCGAAACGAGACUGCACAAACGUAAACUCUUCGAAUUGGACGAUGCCAGCUCCGACGAUUCAUUGGGAUUUAGCGGUUUUGACCUUCAAGUUCUCAGCGAAGUACGAGGCAGUAGCAUCCUGAAGAAACUCAUUGCAGAAGCGGAAAUAGCCGAAACCCAGCCUAUAAAACGCACGAGAUAUUCUAAGAGGAAGCUGGAAAACGUGGAACAGAAAGAGGAAGAUCUCGAUCUCGACGAUAUGAAAGCUUUUAUUUACGCAACGGACAAUUUGGGCAAAACGUUAAACAGAACUAAAGAGAGGGAUAAUAUUUAUAGUGCAGAGCAUCAACUUAACUUAAGCAAAGUUAAGAAGGAAAAGGAGUCUGAUAAAUCCGAAACAGAUUCUAUUGAUGUACCAAAUAGCAUAGAUUCCGAAGUGGAACCAAGCAAGACGGAGGUAUCCUCCAUUAAAUCGACGAACUCAUCAGUUACGAGUAGUCCAACUGGAGUGUUAACAAAAGUGAAAGUUAGCCGCGGUCGCACUUCACGCGGUGAUAGUCCGACGAAUAUCGGCAAGAAGAAACCUACCGAUAUGUCGAAUCCGCUAUAUAAAGAACCAUUUAAGUAUGGUUGGAAACGAGAGUUAGUAUUUAGGGCUAGCCACGAUUCUUCUAUUAACAGGAUGGCGGAUAUAUAUUAUUACACACCAAAGGGAAAGAAAAUCCGAAGUUACAGGGAACUUGCAGAGACUCUUCAUUCUAAGGAAUUGACAAUUAGUAACUUCACAUUUUGCAAAGAACCAAUUGGCAUAGACGACCCAGAAAAGGAAGUCAUUCGAGAUGCGAAGAAAUGGCGGGGAUCCAUGAGUGCAGCAGGGAGGAAAUCCUUUGGCAAGAAAAAAACACUAGUGAAAAAACCACCAGUGCAGGAAUCUUCUGCCCCUGCUCCUGUGGCUACACCUGCACCGACUCCAGCACCUGCUCCUACGCCUGCGCCUGCGCCAAUAUUUACAAAAGCUGCCGCUAAAUCGCCCGUAAAAGCCGCAGCAUCCCCUGGAUAUAAAACGAAAGGAGCAGCAAAGAAGACGCCUCAGAUAAAAAUGAAACCACCGGAAACAAAACCGUCAGUGGAGGAAACCGAUAUGUUACCACCCCAACGUGCUGCAACAAGUGCAAGACGCAAUCAGCAAGUAGCCGUGGAGAAAGCUACCGCUGUUAAAACCAAAAGAGUACUAACGCCCAAAGUACAAGAGCCAUGCAGUAUAAGAUGUUCGACAAGUAUGGGAUUGAUACCGAGCUUACAGUGUCGCGUCUGUCUCUGUUUGUAUCAUCCUGAAUGUGUUGAAGGCGUGGAUUUUGCAGGCAGUGAUGAAUAUGUCUGCAAGAAUUGUCAGCAGGACACUAAAGAAUCUCACACGUCAAGCAAUCCGUCUUUGACACCGCCUCCGUUAAUCCCGAUUAGUAUGUUAGGUGCGCAGAAUGCGAAAACGAAGCACCCGGCUAACUUAAUCCCUCCGAAAUUGCAAAGAAUACCCAAGUCCGAAGGCGCGGACGCGCAAACGAGGAGCCCGUCGAGAACUGCCAAAGCACCGGCCGCGUCGCCGAGCUUGCCCACGGGUGUGGACAAGAAGGACAGCAGUUGGUUCCCGCAGACAGAGAACGAAUUCUUGCAGAGCCACGACGGCACCGUGCCGAAGCCGGCCCAGAACAUCGCCGUGAUGGGCGGCAAGAGAUACAUAGUGGUGCCGAAAAAUAACGCGAUGGCGGUCCAACCGGCUAUCACGGUGAAGCCGGAUAUGAUCGGCGAUAAGCCGCCGACUCUCCAAGACGGUUCGCUUGUCGACAUCUCGAACACGGUGGACAAUUCCGUCACGAAGCUGCGUGCACCUCCGGUCAAGCACUCGGAUGCCGAGCUCGUGCCUGCGUGCGAGCUCGAGAAAGCGAGCGUGACACCCGACAAAGAGUCCACGAGAGACGACGCGGAGGCGCGUCUGGCGGAUCUCGCGUCCGCCAUCGGCGCCUCCGUCGAUGCGACCGAACCGCUCGAAAAUAAGGACACUGCCAAGGAAACAGACAAGUCGCUUGAGAACGCUUCGUGUAAUGAAUCUUCCACUGCCAAUGUAGACUGCCCCGCGUCGGAAGGCGAGACUGCAUGCGAGCACGUAUCAGGUCGUAGAUCGCCCGAGAGCAGCGAACCCGUAACGCCGGUGCACACAACAAGCACUCCGAAUGCUCUUGAAACAGCGAACGCGGAAACGAUUGAUACAGAUUGCCAACAGACGUUGUCAAGCAAUGUGAACACAGUAACGGUCAAGGGCCUCAUGAGGAAACAGAACCAACAAGAGACAGCCGAACAACAACAAAACUUCAUGGGUUCUGUUUGCGCCGGCUAUCACGCGUUACUACGAAUUUUUCAAUAUCUAAAGGUCCAAGAACUCCUGCGCGCAGCGCGUGUUUGUAAGAUGUGGCGCGAUCUUGCAGCCCACCCGUCCCUUUGGAAAACAGUGCGUAUGAAAAACAGCCAGGUGACGGACUGGGACGGAUUAGCCGAUACUUUGCAAAGACGAGGAACGCAACAUCUAGAUCUUCGCAAAAUGCUGGUAUCGGGAGAGUCAGACGGAAUAUGGAAAAAAUUCUUAUCCGUUAUACCGCGGGUAACGAGCCUGGUGAAAUUAGAGUUGUGCAGAUGUCCAGUCAUGGUGGUUGAAGAAGUAAUUAAAAGUUGUCCACAACUCGAAGUACUGAGUGCUAUGUCAAUAAAGUGCGAUUCACUAACUUUAGAAUCAGUCGGAAAUCUAAAACGUUGUCAAGAACUCAGACUUAAAGCGAUCAGUGGCAUGUCAUUGCAACAAGAUCUUACACCUCUGCAAGAAUUAACGCAAUUGACGCAGUUGAGUUUAACAUCAGUCAAGGAACUCGGGAAGAAAAAAAUCGAAGUUAUACAGGCGUUGGUAAACUUGGAAACGUUAGAACUAGGCGAGUGCUCCGACUUCCCCGACAAAUUUGGAACGACCGUUCUAAUAAAAUUGAACAAAUUGGAACGCCUCAGACUUGAGAAAGGUCAAGGAUCUUGUUGUACGUUUGAUAUACUUGAGGGCGUAUCGAAAUUGGAGAAUCUAAAUCAGAUGGAGCUCGUCAAUUUUGACGUGAAGAACGGCUUCGACAAAUGCCUCGCCAAUUGCAAAAACAUCAAAAGGUUAUUGAUUAUACCUACUUACAUAUCGCAAUCAGCAACUUCCAACAACAUGGUCCUUGGUGGAGUAACCGAACUUUCAAAUAAUCUAACUCAUUUUGUAUGGGGCGUUACUCUUGAAUUGCUUCGAGUCACCGAAUUAUUUGUGGAUCAAUGCAAUUUAAUGACUAAGCAAGUCACCGGCGACUCCAUACCUGUUCUUAAGCCGGUUCCCUGUUUGAAACUGAUUGACGAAACAGAGGAUGAGAACGAGAACCAAAGAGGUGAUGAUAAGCAGCAACCGCAUAUGACGAGUCCACAAGUCGACAUCUUACCGUUGCCGCAAUUGCAAAAACUUCUCCUAACUGCAUUGCCGAAGACGAGAGUUAAGAUCUUGAAAAUUCCUUUUCACGCUACAUGGCGACAAAGCAUUUCAGAUACGACGACACAGUAAUUGCGAGCUAAGUGAUAUCAGGUGAAGUAAAGAAAGAAAAUCUUAUUGAAAAUAAAAGAUUUUGCAAAAUUGACUAUA